AUUUUAGCUGUCCGGCAUCUUUCCGGCUGAUUCUAUAACUUUCCACGCUGUUACCUGUCUUUUAUUUUAAACGUAUAAAUUAAAUCUACGGCAUAAUGUGGCCUAUUAUUUUAGCUAUCCUCCGCCGCAACGCUGUCUACAUCACUUUGCCUAUCGCCGGCGUGGUCGGUUUCAUUGGCUACAACCUGGAGGGCAUGUUAUCCGACAAAUACACUCCCUACAGCCCAUCUAUUCAAGAACUGCGGGCCAAACGUUUGUCAGAAGAGAGCUUGUCCACCAAUGCCGCCGAUGUGGAAAAACUCCGCCUGAGCAGUCCUGUCCUGGAGCGCAAUCUUUCCCCAUCGCUUCAGCCCAAGUCUUCAUAAUUCUUCAACGUUAAAUGUGAUAACCUAAAUUUAAUAAAAUAGUUGUUAAAAAAAAAAAUAAAAAAUAAAUUUGCAA